AUGGCGGUAGGAAAAGGACUAAUUGUUUUCUUGACGCUUAUAAACACCAUUUUGGGAGCUGAUGUGAAAUGCCCAAAUCCAGCCACAAACUGUUUAACUGAAACGUAUAAUGGUAAAGUUUUCCCCACCAAUGGCUGUCUAGGCUGUCAAGAUGGAUGUAAACCAGGAUUUAUACAAACUUAUAAUAAAAGAUAUUAUCAAGAUUCUACAUCAUUUGGUGUAUAUCAAUACAAAAAUAUCAACAUUUCCAACAAAUUCAAUGUAAAUGAACCAGAAUGGCUCUGUGUGCCUGGCGAUUCUUGCCGCCCUGGCUAUUAUCUUGGUAUGGCCAAUAAUAAAUAUUGUGCAUGGUGUGGAGAGGGUUGUAGACAUUGUUCAGGUUUUCAAACUUGUCAAUCAUGUUUUGGUGGAUAUCGACGAGCAACUGCGAUACUAUUUGGUAACAGUAAAACUACUUGUGAACAUUCUAAUGUUUUAUGUCCCGUACAACCACAGAACUGUGAAUACAAGGCUUAUGUGAAUAGAGGUGCGGGUUGUAUUGGGUGUCAGCUCUGUAAACAUGGUUACACAGUAACAUUUAACCCAAAAUACACUGAGAAAAAUACCAACCGCACUGCACCUUACUAUGAUUAUAAAGGACUGAGUAUAAAAGAUGGUAUAAAUAUUAACGAACCAAGAUAUGUAUGUGCCAAAGGAACAACUUGUAAAGAUGGGUUUUAUUCUAGAGUGGUAGACACUGUAACUUUAUGUGAAUGGUGUGGUGAAGGAUGUACAUCAUGUACUGGAAGAAAUGCUUGUACAGCAUGCGACUCUUUACACCAUUUGGAAUCUACUGGAGUGUGUGUUCCACCAAUUAUUGGUUAAUAUACUGUAGAAAACUGUUUAAAUGUUGAAAAAUAUUCGCAAAUAAAAAAACUAUCCAAAUG